UUUUGCCAUCGCUCUGUGUCAGUAGGCACAAAGCGUGAUUGAAUUGCUCUUCGAGCUGCUGCUGCUGCCAACGCUGACAAGAAAAUACACACACAAACACGCACACACUGACACAUUAGAGAUCUUAGCCAUUGAUGACAAAUCUGCACCAGAGCCAGAUGAGCAGCUGGCGCUAUAAAAAGCAAUUGUAACCGUUGCUUGGCUUGCCACUAUUCCAGUAGCGUUCAACACACGACAGCCAGGCAGCCAGAGAGAUAGCCAGAAUUGGACAGGAUAUUAAUAUGCUGCGAUACACUUCAAUUUUAGUUAGCAUCGUUUUGGCCAUCGCUGGACCCAGUGCAGCUGUUGUCCAUGGCAUCCAGUCGCUGAGCAGUGGUCGCUUUGAGUCAUCUGAUGGCAACCGGAAUGGCUAUCGAUAUAAUGGACCCGCACACAAAUAUUUGCCGGCGGCGAGCGAGCCCACCACAGAGGCUGUGAUCACCACCGGCUACUGGCAGCCCAAUCCCCUUCCGCCAUCCUAUACCCAACCCAGUUUCAUACAGCAAUUGCCCUAUGAGCUUAGCUAUAACAGCACACCAGCAACUGGUCGCCCAUACCAACAGUCUAACUAUAAUGGACCCUACAGCACACAGCAUUACGAGCCCGAACCUGAGCAGCAGCAUCACCAUCAGUUGACAUCCUCAUACAGCACGCCCUCAUCGUCCAGGCAGCAACAUAACAAUCAUAACUAUAUAAAUCACAUGAAUACAUUUCAAUAUGCCGCCAAUCAUCAGGCUGCUGGUGCGCCUGCAACUGGCAUUGAGUUUAGUCAAGCUUUCGGUAUUUCUGCUGACACGCAGCAUGAUCGCCAUAUGGAGCCUGGUCAGCGAGCUGCUCCGUUGAUUGGCCAGGCGCUGCCGGAGCGCUAUCAACGGCAACCGUUCGUCGAUGAGCAGCAGCCAGCCAGCAGCUUUGUGCAGAUGCAAUCGCAUUCCUAUGAACUGCCGCCCACAUACAAUAUGCAGGCGGACGAGUGGCUGCAGCAUUUGUCUGCUACUCCACCUGCACCUGCACCUGCACAGCAGGAGUAUCACAAUCGCGAGCUGGAGCAGGCAAAUGAGUAUGUUGUUCCGUAUCCGGAUCAGGGUCAGGCAUAUGGGCAAUACUCCCAAUCCUCACCAUUCUCGACGUCCUCAUUUCAUCCCAGCAGCAGUGGCAGUGGCAGCAGCAGCAGCAGCAGUUUUUUUCAUGCAAGCCACGCCCACUCAGCAAGCGCCGCCUCCACUGCACCACAAACAUCUUACUUGACGCUGCCCAGUCGCGAGUUUCAAGCACCCUAUUUCUGAUUCCCCCUUUCAGGCAACUCCACCAGACUCCCGACUCCCUGAGUCUUGUUCGAGGUCCCAUCCAGCAAACCAGAUCCGAGCAUUGAAUAUAUUUGCUUUUUUCAUACAGCAAAAGU